GUUAAUAUUAGCGAUUAGUCAGGAAUUGAUAUUUAUUUAGAUCACAACGAAUUUAAUUAAUUUGACCAGAACAAAAAAGAACAAUUAUUUAAUUAAUCAAAAUGAGUUGUGCAACAGCGACUAUAAAAUAUCUGGUUUUCAUUUUUAAUGCAUUGUGCGCUAUACUCGGUAUCGGCGCCAUAGUGGUUAAUUGCCUGGCAUUACAAAACUAUGGCGAUGAAGGACGUAUGAUUUGUAUUAGUUUGAUUGUAUUGGGAUCCAUUGUAUUCCUAAUAUCAUUCUUUGGCUGCUGCGGUGCCAUUCGGGAAAAUAUCUGUUUGACAUGGACGUAUGCUGUGUGUUUGUUGGUGUUGAUUAUUGGAAAUUCCGUUAUUAUAUUCGGUUAUAUUUCGCAUAUUGAUGGUGAGACUAAAGCCCGCCAGGACAUUGAUAAUGCAUGGGCUCUGCAAUUGAAUGGCACCGAUGCCAUGGCUCACAUACAGACCACGUUGAGCUGUUGUGGCAUUAACAACUCUACCGAUUACAUUGAUGCCAAUUUAACAAUUCCCAAUAGUUGUUUCAUUGGUGGCGACUAUGACAAAUCGACAAUUGUGUUUUCUCAAGGUUGCCUAAAGAAACUCAUUGUCAUCUAUGAAGCUGCAGAACACUGGAUCACAAUCUUCACCUGGUCUAGUUUCAGUGUAGAGGUGGUUGCAUUUAUAUCGGCCUGUGUAUUGGCCAUAACUUUUACCAAUCAACAGCGUAGAGCACGAUAUUAAUGAAAUAAUUAUUAAUAAAAUUAAUAGGUUUAUUUAUAUGAAUGUUUUUAUAAACAAUUUUUAAUAAAAGAAUUUCUUUUUUUUACACUAAUAGAAAA